UUCAAAUUCAACUGUGUCAUUACCAUGAUUGUAGGGCUUAUCGGAAUAUUUACGAACACGUUCAACAUUCUUGUUCUGUCUAAACAAAGGCUGCAAGAACAAUCCAACAUUGUAUUUCUAGCCCUCUCUGUAGCUGAUCUUCAUUUUUCAAUGACCGAAACAGUUUUAAACAGAAUGGCACAGAUCUCAUCGCGGGCAGACGUUGUCACGGGAUACAAAUUGGCACAUAUCUCAUCGCGGGCAGACGUUGUCACGGGAUACAAAUUGGCACAGAUCUCAUCGCGUGCAGACGUUGUCACGGGAUACAAAUUGGCACAGAUCUCUUCGAGGGCAGACGUUGUCACGAUUUACAAAUUGGCACAGAUCUCUUCGAGGGCAGACGUUGUCACGAUUUACAAAUUGGCACAGAUCUCUCAUCGCGGGCAGACGUUGUCACGGGAUACAAAUUGGCACAGAUCUCUUCACGGGCAGACGUUGUCACGGGAUACAACCUCUUCUCUGUCUACGCCGCUCAUCUCAGUGGCGUAAGUUUAACCACGAUGGUCACCAUUACGUGGCUGGUGUCAUUGGCGUAAGUUUAACCACGAUGGUCACCAUUACGUGGCUGGUGUCGGUUAUAUCGGUUGAGAGAAUGGUUGCAGUGUGUUUCCCAUUUCAUGUUUCGUCAAUAUUCACUCCAAAUAGAAUGAAGCUUGUAAUCCUACUGGUGUAUGCAUUUAUUGGAGUAAUGCUCAUUCCUAAAAUGGGGAGUUUUUAUAUCGAUUGUGUAUUUGAGGAACAGCUCAAUACAACAGUUCUUGCGUAUUUCGAAAGACCUUGGUUCGUGGACAAUAACUGGUGGUUAUUUUUUUACUACUUGAAUUUUUUACCACCCGUUUCUUCAACUGUCCCAAUGGUGACUAUACUCGUUGGCACAUUUCCGAUUAUUAUACGGCUGAAAAAGACACAGAGAGUUCUAGGAAUUGUGUCGACAUCUGGAAAGAACCGCGUCAAGGAGAUGAGAUCUGUCAAAAUAUCAUUGGUGAUCUGUCUCUGUAUGGCUUUCUCAAUCUUGGUACCCAACGCGUGUCUUGACGCGUACUAUGUGUUGGGUGGUGAAAGCUUUCAUUUCAUUAUACUUCUGCUGAUAAGAGAUUUCACACAACUAGCUGUCCAAAUUAACGCGUCAAUGAACUUUUUUGUCUAUGUCGCCAUGAGCUCCAAAUUCAGUAAAACUUACUUGAAACUCAUUCGAUGUAAUAGUGCAUAG